AGUGAUCAGUUUCCCGUCAUAAUUUGGCAAUCCGUAAAGUACUGUAGUUUCACUGUUCUUAAAAACUAUUGACGUUACAAACAAUGAGUGAGAAGUUGAAAGAAAUUCGUGAAAGAUCACAAAAACGGAAGAAACUUCUAAUACAGACGGUAAAGACAUCAUGACAUGUGUUCUGGUUAGUGCAACUAAUGAAAAAAAUACUCAGUCCGGUGACUUUUUGUAUCUGAGAUUAGGUGUUUCAAGUGUGGGCGAGCUGCGUAAUGCUCUUGGCGCCACCCUCGACGUAACACCUAAGAAACAAGCCUCCUCAGAGUACACCUCUGAUGGCAAUGAGAAACCUGUUCACAAGGAACCAGACAGCCUCGUGUACACUGAUUCAUCCACAUUCUUGAAGGGAACACAGUCUUCAAAUCCUCACAAUGACUACUGCCAACAUUUUGUGGACACGGGUCAAAGACCACAGAACUAUAUUCGGGAUGUAGGACUCGCUGAUCGGUUUGAAGAGUAUCCUAAACUCAGAGAACUGAUCAAAUUGAAGGAUGAACUCAUCGCCCGGACAGCAACACCGCCUAUGUACUUAAAAUGUGAUUUGAAGACAUUUGAUCUUAAGACGAUGGGUAGCAAGUUUGACGUGGUGCUAGUGGAACCUCCUCUGGGAGCCGGCUGGCGCUGGAGGGAUGUCCUCGCCCUGGAGCUGCAUCACCUGGCUCAGCCCCGGUCCUUUGUGUUCCUGUGGUGCGGAAGCUCGGAGGGUUUAGAUAUGGGAAGGGAAUGUCUGAAGAAAUGGGGAUUUCGUCGUUGUGAGGACAUAUGCUGGAUCAAGACUAAUAUCAAAAACCCAGGACACUCCAAGAACCUGGAGCACAACGCGGUGUUCCAGAGGACCAAGGAACACUGUCUCAUGGGAAUCAAAGGGACGGUGAGGAGGUCGGUGGACGGCGACUUCAUACACGCCAACGUCGAUAUAGACCUCAUCAUAUCUGAAGAUCCCGAGUUCGGCAGCACGGAGAAGCCCAUCGAAAUAUUCCACAUCAUGGAACACUUCUGUUUAGGACGAAGAAGAGUCCAUCUGUUCGGUCGAGAUUCCACGAUCCGUCCGGGCUGGGUGACCAUCGGCCACGAGCUCACCAACUCCAACUUCAACGCGGAGCUGUACGCGUCCUACUUCACGGAAGGUCGCGACACGACUGGCUGUACUGAACGGAUAGAAGCCCUCCGACCGAAGAGCCCUCCCAACACCAGCAAGACACGACCCAGGGGCCGGGGGGGCUUCAGGGGUCGCGGGCGGGGCCGGGGGGCCCUCUAGCGGAGUCUCGACCCCAACAGAAGCGCGAUAGUGUCGAUGGGACUAACGUAUACAGCCAAUGUUGAUGUUACAAUGAACACGCGAGUGUGGACGAGGCCUGACUUUGUUAUAACGUAUACAGCCAAUAUUGAUGUCAGUUUAUGACAUUGUUGUGUUUUGUAACGCGGACACUACUCGUUAUAAUGAGUUACAUUAUAUUUUUUAAUAAAAUAUUGACGAAAUAAAAUAA